GGCAGAGAGCCUGGGGAAGGGCGGCGGCUGGGCCGAACCUGCUGGGCCGCGUCCGGUUCUGCGCAGGGCCCAUGUGCGACCGAGCCCCGUGGGUGCCGAGAACCUCCAGUUUCCUGCUGCGAACCCUGUAUUUCUUACCUGAAUCCCUUUCUCUGUAGCCCGAGUCCCCGACCCCCUGAGAGUCCCAUAUUUCCGGCCUGAUCCCCAUCUUCUGCAGCCUGAACCCCGUAUUUCCGGCCUGAUCUCCUCUUUCGCAGCCUCAAUCCCGAGUUCUCUGCCUAAUCUUCGCCCUUUUUGCAGCCUGGACCUGUGUCCUUUCUGAGAUCCCGAAUUUUCUGCUGGAAGCUCCGUAUUAACCCAGUUUUCCCACCUCAGCAGUGUGAACCCAUUUCUUACUCGACACCCUCCCUCCCCCCUUCGCAUGAAAUGCAAAUUUCUUGCUUGGUAUCCCAUCUCUGCAGCCUGAACCUGUGUCCUUGCUGAGAACUCAGAAUUCCCUGCAUGGAAAUUCUGUGCAUACUGAACCCGUUUCUUUCUUUUGGGACUCCCUCUUGCAGUUCAAACCCAAAAUCCUGCUCGAACCCUAUCCCUUGUGAACCUAGAGUUUCGUGUAGAGUCCCAGUAGCCCUAUACCUCUUAUAGCUUGACCUGUUAUUGCCGCAAACACUAUUUCCUGUUGAACUCCAGUUUCUGCAGCGUGGAUCUCAGUUCCUUAUGUGAACCCCAUCUUUGCUUCCUGUAUUGCUCCCCUUCUGUGAACCUAGUCCCUACUGCAAACUCCUUGCUCCUGCCUGAUUCUUCUUGAACCUCCUCCCUUGCUAUGAACCCAAUAUUUGCUGCACAAACCUUCUGGUACCUGAGCCCCAUCUUUUGUUUUCUGAUUUCCCAUACCUGCUUAGAAGUCCUUAUUUGCUUCCUGAACUUCCAUCCUUGCUGAGAACCCUGUAUUAGCUAUUAGCCCCCCAAUUCUGCUGCACGAAGCCCCUCUGGAAACCCUCUCCUUCUGUAAACUCUUCUAAGAAAACCCUUGUUUCUGCUUGCGGGUCUUCUCCUUGUCCCUGGUGUCCUUCCUGCUGCUUUGGUUCCCCCUCCCCCAUCUUUCCAUUUCUGUCCACAGCCCUGGCUGCCUCUGCCAGGGGUGUCAUGUUGUGAACGCCUGCAUCUGUCUCUGUCCUUCCAGGGAACGGGGCAGCCGUGUGUGCCCUGUGUGUGCUCUGGUCACCCUUCAGGCUUGAAGCUAGGAGGGUUAUGAGCGUUGACUGCAGUGACCGCCUGCAGCUCUUGUGGGUGCCCUGGGUGCGACCUGGAAGGGGGGAUUUGUUGAGUUUUACUUAUGGAAAACAAUGUAGCCACUUCCCCAGGUCCUAGGACCCUGCACUUGACUGUGUUGUGGCCAGGUUCUACAGUCUCCCAGAGACUGUGUAUGAGGCCAGCUUCUGCUCUUGAAGCUCCUGUUGCAAAUGUGACUGGACGCAAGCAAAUGCCUUUCUAAGCCAUCACACAUAUUUUGUUGCAGGGCACCUUUGGCGUCAGGCCCUGUAGCUCGUAGCUUCUCUCUUCCUACCACAGCUCCAAGUCAUGACGGAUGCCAAGUAUGUCCUCUGCCGAUGGGAGAAGCGAUUGUGGCCUGCGAAGGUUUUGGCCAGAACUGAGACUUCAGUGAAAAACAAGAGAAAAAAAGAAUUUUUUCUAGAUGUUCAAAUACUCUCACUAAAAGAAAAGAUCCAGGUGAAGAGCUCGGCCGUGGAGGUGCUGCAGAAAUCGCACAUUGAGAAUAUCGCUGCCUUUCUGGCAUCUCAGAAUGAGGUCGCAGCUACUCCCCUGGAGGAGCUGACCUAUCGACGCUCCCUGCGAGUGGCCCUGGAUAUCUUGAAUGAGAGGACAAGUUUGAGUCCUGAAAGCCAUGUGACGGAAGAGAAGCCCCACGCAGAUGCGGCCUUGUGGGUGCCCAGCGCUCGCUCUCCGUCCUUUUGCAGUGAGGACGGUGACAGUGUGGCUGCUCAGUGCACACCCAGGAGGGAGUGGCUCCCACAAAGUCUGUCGGGGCUGUCUGCAACUGAAGAGGACCACAGGACAGGCCUCACAAAGAAUGGAACCCUGAGAGCAGCAUUGUCUUCCCUCACUGGAGAUGGGUCUCAGGAUGGUUCUGGAUCCCGACUACACUGUGAACAGGACACUGCCAAGAAGAGGCGGAGGAAUUUGGGAGAGAAACCUACCCGGCGCCGCAGAACAGCGUCUUGCCUUUCCAAGGGAGAAAGUGUUGGAGAGAGCGAGGGACAGGCAAACAGCUGUGUGACCCCGGAUUCACCUGGGCUACUCGCUCAAGCCUCAGAAGAGGACCCCUGUGCCGGGGUCAAAGGCUGUGACCCGGUUGUGCCAUCAGGCAGCAGCAGGCUGCUCCCAGCCUCUGACAGAGGCAGAGGACGCUCCACAAAGAGGCCACGCUUGGAUGGAAACCAGAACCCACCCGCUAGGCAGCUGGCAACUGGAACUGUGGGGGCAGCACCCUCCCCUCAGAACUGGCCUGGGGAGAAUAUGGUGCUGCUCAGGUCUAGUGACAGGGACAAGCCAGAGGAAGCAGAUCCUGUGUCCUCAGAAGAGUUCACAGGGUUCAAGUCCAUCCAUUCCCUUCUGGAGGAGGAAGAGGAGGAAGAGGAGGAGCCACCCCGGAUCCUUCUGUAUCACGAACCACGAUCAUUUGAAGUAGGGAUGCUGGUCUGGCUGAAAUACCAAAAAUAUCCGUUCUGGCCAGCCGUGGUUAAGAGUGUCCGGCGGAAAGACAAGAAAGCCAGUGUGCUGUUCAUUGAGGGCAACAUGAACCCUAAGGGCCGAGGAAUCACCGUGUCACUUCGAAGGCUCAAGCACUUUGAUUGUAAGGAAAAGCACGCACUGCUGGACAGAGCCAAGGAGGACUUCGCCCAAGCCAUUGGCUGGUGUGUGUCACUUAUCACCGACUACCGUGUGCGGCUGGGCUGCGGCUCCUUCGCUGGAUCUUUCUUGGAAUAUUAUGCUGCUGAUAUAAGUGCGUAUAAGUGUUCUUCACCAUGGGGUCUGCCUUUGGUCCCCGAGAGGCUCAUCCUGAGUCUCCUGUUGUCCUUGGUGCACGCACCAAGGUGCCAGUGCCAUCCUGAGCAGAGUUCUGUGACCUCAGCUGCCCUCAGGGAUGCUCUGCAUCCUUGUCAGGUGGGCAGCUGUGUGCCAGGCUACCCUGUGCGCAAGUCCAUCCAACAGGAUGUCCUGGGGACCAGGUUUCCUCAGCUGGGCAGGGGAGACCCUGAGGAGCCUGCGGGGGACAGCCGGCCAGGACAGUGGCGGCCGUGCAGGAAGGUGCUGCCUGACCGCUCCAGGGCUGCGCGGGACAGAGCAAACCAGAAGCUGGUGGAAUACAUUGUAAAAGCCAAGGGUGCGGAUAGCCACCUGCGGGCUAUCCUGCACAGCCGCAAGCCCUCACGCUGGCUGAAGACAUUUCUGAGCUCUGCCCAGUAUGUGACAUGCGUGGAGACAUACCUGGAGGAUGAGGCACAGCUGGAUGAGGUGGUGCAGUACCUGCAGGGCAUCUGCCGAGACAUGGACGGGGAGGUGCCUGCUCAUGGCAGUGGGGACCGCAUUCGUUUCAUCCUGGACGUGCUGCUGCCUGAGGCGGUCAUCUGCGCCAUUUCCGCAGUGGAGCGCGUGGACUACAAGACGGCUGAGCAGAAGUACAUCCGGGGCCCUACUCUGAGCUACCGGGAAAAGGAAAUCUUUGACAAUGAACUCCUGGAGGAGAGGAGCCGUCGCCGUCGCUGACGCUGUAACCUCCACAGCCUGCCAGAGGGCUCUGCAAGAAUAAGAAUGUACUAGAAGCAAGAGGCCCAGAAGUGUGCUGACUUUGAACUGUGGGUCUUGCAUCUUCAUUACUGAGUCCGGGAUGUCAAAUGUCGUUGACACCAGAAACCUGCUGGCAGCUACGGACAGAGAUAUCUGGAAGUUUCUGUGCGUGUAUGCGCGUGUGUUUGUUUUUUGUUUGUUUGAUUUUAAUAUUAUUGUUUCGUUUAUAAAUGAGUUUGAAUGCA